AUGACUGAGGAUGUUCCUGCAGCUGGUGUAGAGGGCUUAGUUGCUGAUGAUGUUGCUGCGGGAUCAGUUGCUGAGGGAUUCCUUGGUGAGCCACGUGACCUAUCAGUGCUGACUUCCUAUGCUGGUCAUGUUGCACACAACAUAUGGACUGGAGAGGAACGUCCUGACUUGAAGUUGGCCUCCCACGGUAGGAAGGUAGAGAAAAUUGGGAGGCCAGCACCUGAGAUUGAAGGGCUAGUCACUGCCACAGGAUUAAGCCCUUUGAUCGGGUGCUCAGUAGUCACCGGCGAUCCGGGACUUAUAUCUGUGCUUGUGGAGAGGUGGCAUGGGGAGAUCAACAGCUUCCACCUUCCAGUGGGAGAGCUGAUGAUCACAUUGGAUGAUGUGUCGUCACUCCUCCAUCUGCCGAUCACAGGCGCCUUGCACAGCUUCGAGCCUUUUCUUUUGGAGGAGGCAGUCGUGUUGUUGAUGGAGUUGCUUGAGGUCUCGGGUCAGGAGGCUAGAGCUGAGACUGCAUAG